UUGUAGCAACACAAGUUUCCAAGGGGAGGUGACCGCAGAGACCCUAGUGAGACAGAGGAUGAGACAUAAGGCAUGUGCGUCUUUGCCCGACGCUGCGCAGACUGAUAGGCACAUGGCAUCACAGUGCCGCGAGACCAAUUCAAAAGCAGAGUUCUAAAUCACUCUCGCGGUACUGUGAUGUCAUAUCGUUCUGCGCAGCGUUCCGAGAAGUCGAACACUCCCAUUCUAUCCAUCACUGCGUAUAAGCCACACACACAACUGACUUUUAUGUCAGGCAUCUUGCAAAUGAAUUGCAGAUAUUUUAGCUUAACCAGCAGGAGUUAUGCAUUAGUGUUUGAUGAAUCAUCAUGCACAUCUGAUAUUUAACUUUGCAGUUUGUAUUAGAGCACAGUUAGAUCUUUUUUCGUCAUUUUAAUGGCUGGGGAUGUGACGGAGGCAGUUUGGGAUCUGUCCUCUGCAGAAGAGUCCUCUCCGGUCUCUGAGCUCUCAUUCAGCCUGCAGAAGCUCCAGUGUCAGGAUGGUGUGACAGAAAAUAGCUCGACCCCCCGGAGAAAGCUUGUUUUGACACCUGAAAGGAUCAGUACACCGAGAGAGACGCCAACAGUCUCUGCAGUGAGAAGACGAAGAGCAAGCAGAAGUCUUUCCCCUGAAUCCUCUUUAAACAAGGAGAUCCAGUCAAGACGUCUUCAGAGGGAACUUCAUGCUAAUAAGGAAAAUGAGCGAGCUGUUCAGAAGAGACUGCGGGUGCGGCUGUCUAGCAGAUUUUCAAGUGCAUCGGAGAGGUCAGAACCAGCAUGUAGAAAUGGGAAACAAUACUGCAGUGAUCCAGAAGAUGACACCAGUUAUCCAAAGGAGAUGGAUGCGAUAGACCCGAUGGCUGCUGUGAAGUUUUGUAGAAUGAGGUCACAGAGAAAAGCUCCUCCCAUUAAUAUAACCGAGGCCGCCGUCGCUGACCUCACCCUCAUAGGGGACUUUAGUAAGCAACACUUACUUCCUGUUGAAAGUGUCGGCCAUCAAGAGCUUCACUGUGUCAGUGCACACACAGUGGCGUCGCUGAUCAAGGGUCAGUUUGGUCUGGCAGUUGAUGACUUCCUAAUCAUCGACUGUCGUUAUCCAUAUGAAUAUCAAGGUGGACAUAUUAAGGGAGCAGUAAACCUUUACACUGAAUAUCAGAUCCAGCAAGCGGUAGCCCAAGCAUUAGAAAAGACAGAGCUUCACCCCACAGGAAGCUUCUUCUGGGGGCACCAACCAUCUGACUCCGUUGCAAAAGAGGAGGGGUCAUCGCCACGGAAACUUAUAGUGUUCCACUGCGAGUUCUCAUCUGAAAGAGGGCCACAUUUGUGUCAGUAUCUGAGGAGGUUAGACAGAUGUCUAAAUGUGUAUCCAAACCUGCACUAUCCCGAGCUCUACCUUCUGUUGGGGGGUUACAAACACUUUCACAGCUGCUAUCCGGACAUGUGUGACCCCUGUGGAUAUGUACCCAUGCAUCACGAGGACUACCAGGGGCAGCUGCAUGGCUUUCGCAGGAGAAGACCCACACGUCAACGAAGAAGACGGCCGAUCAGAAUUCAUCAAAGGACGACACAAUAAACAUGACUUUACUUACAGACAUCAGCUGCAUCACAAUUUGUAUACUUCUAUGCACUAAAGCAGUGGCUUUCAAACUGGGGGUCUUGUGCCAAGGGUGCCCCAGUUUUAUGACCUUUUAUAAAAUGCAUUAAUUUCUCAUAAAUUUUGUGUAAUUUAACCUCAGAAUAAUAAUGCUUCUAACACUCAGGCACUGCACUGUAUAAUGCAAUAUGUUUUGUUUAAUUACAAUUUUAAGUUUUUGAGAAGGUUUUAUGAAAAGCUGAUAGCUGGUUUAAGGUGGCAGUAGCUGGUUCAAGCUGGUCUUCCAGCCUGACCAGCUUAGUCUAGCUAGACCAGCUAAAAAAGUGACUAAAACACAGCUAGACCAGCUUGAUACACCAGCAAAACCAAGCUCGGAGACCAGCUAAAACCAACUCACCAGCUUAUGCUGGGUUUUUAGUAGAGCCGUACACAAGGAAGGUCACACCCUGAAAAGUUUGAGAACCACUUCACUAAAGUAUGUACUUCAUUGCAAUUGGAAUAUGCAUUUUUUUUUUAGCUACCUGUAGGUAUGAAUGUAUUUUUAAAAAUAUUGGUAGUUGUGUCUCAAGGUUAUUUUAUUGUUAUCUCAGAAAAACGUGCACUAUGAUGUUACACAAUGUAUAGUAUGCACUACUAUUA